UUUUUUUUUGUAAAAACUAUUAACGAAAUGAAUUUUCUUAUAGUCCUUUUAAUUUUGAUAUCAUUUAUAGCUUUUAAAAUUUAUCAAAAAACAAGAGUACCCAAGGGACUUAAAAAUGUGUCAACAUUAAGUUUCUUGGAUCUUGCUAUUGCAAUGCUUGCAUCAUAUGGAUUGGAUAAACGUUGGGAAGAUAUGCGUGAAGUUUUAGAGAAAGACGGAAUCGGAAAGAUUUGGUUCGAUGGGGAAUGGACUAUCGUAGUAACCGAUUUAGAAUUGGUAAAAGAUAUAAUUACAAAAACAGAUUUAUAUCCUAAGAUUUUGCUCGAAGAAUCAUUUCCUAGAUCUUUAGUGGCUAAAUAUUAUGGUACAAAUGUAGCAGUAUCCAAUGGAGAUGUUUGGAGACGUCAUCGACGUGUUGCAAAUCCUGCUUUUCGAAAUUUACCCGUACAUGUGUUUGUUGAAUCUGCUAUGAAAUUGAUGGAAGUCAUGGAAAAAGUUGAUAAUGAACCCAUAGAAGCCAAAAGUCUUAUGCAAAGGUAUACUUUAGAUGUUCUUGGAAAAGCUGCUUUUGGUUUUGAUUUUAAUAAUCUUGAAGAUCCAAACAACGUAUAUGUUACUACUUUUAAUGAAUUGAUAAAAGAUUUGGGAAAUCCAUUAUUUUUUCUUUUGUCAUUCCUUAAUUAUUUCCCACGUACUAAAACACUUAAAAAAAUGAUAAAGCUUAAUAAUUUAUUUGAUGAAAUUGUUGAAAAAAAACGUCAAUCAGUGAAAUCAGGAGAAAUGGAUAAAAAAAUAAAUAAUGGAACUGCAGACUUGUUAGAAUAUAUGAUACAAGCUUCCAGUGACCCAGAAAAUCCAACUUUGACAAGCGAUGAAUUGCGAUAUAACCUUGCAGUUUUUAUGUUUGCUGGUCAUGAUACUACUGCAAAUGCUUUGACAACCAUUUUAUAUCUAUUAGCUACCCACAAGGAAGUACAAAAGAAAGUUCGUGAUGAAAUAUUACGUGUUCUUGGCGAUGAUUUAACACCAAGCAUAGAACAACAGAAAGAAUUAAAAUAUAUGAACAUGGUCAUAAAUGAGAACUUAAGAUUAUAUCCUCCAGCUCCAGAGUUACAAAGAAGAUAUAACGCACAAGAUGUUAAAUUUCGCAAUCAUGUAAUUCCAGCUAAAACGGCUAUAGUAUUAUUUACCUAUGGAAUUCAUCAUUCAUCGAAGAAUUGGGAAAAUCCUGAAAAAUUUGUUCCCGAAAGGUUUGAAAAUGAAAAGCAUGAUCAUUAUGCUUGGUUGAGCUUUGGUGGUGGUAGCAGAUCAUGUUUAGGUAUUAAUUUUUCGCUCUUUGAACAAAGAGUAACAUUAUGCCUUUUAUUAAGAAAAUAUGAAAUAUCUUUGCCAGAAGACAGUAUUCAUAAAGAUAAAUUACAACUUGAACCUGAUAAUACUGGAACUAUGGGACCAUAUCCAAUACCUUUAAUAUUUAAAAGAAAUACAGAUUAACAGUAAAAUGAUUUAGUAAACUCGUAUUUAAAAUGAUAAAUUAUUAUUUAUUACUUAUUCAUGAAUUAUGACAAUAAAG